UCCACUGCAGUGUCCUCCAGGUUUCUCAAGAUGCUGUUUUGUUUUCUUCAGUGAAACAUGGAGUUGACCCAAAUGCCAGCCUCUGGGACACGGUCUUGUCUCUUUCCUGAGGUUGACAUGAUCCUGGACCACGCAGAUGAUGAGGAAUGGAGGCUUCAGAAUCUACCCACCCUACCCCAUCGGCCACGGACCAGCCAGCCUCUGUAUCCGUUAUUCCAGGGGGCCUAGGCGGACAGGCCUCACCUCGCCUGACCCUGGGUCCUGUUAUCCUGCCACCAGAGCAGGGCCUGGCCCCAACUGUGUUCUUGAAGGCCUUACCUGUUCCUUUAUACCACACGGUACCUCCUGGGGGCCUCCAGCCACGUGCACCCCUGGUGACAGGCAGCCUGGAGGGGGCAAGCGUACCUUUUAUUCUCAGCCCCUUGCUGCAGCCUGAAGGGCCCAGUGCCACCCAGGUGGGCAAGCCAGCCACCCCAGCCCUGACUGUGAACAUUGUAGGCACAUUGCCUGUACUCUCCUCGGGUGUGGGGUCUGCACUGGUCAGCACAGGCAGAGUGAAGAAUACUGGUAAGUACCUGUGCCCCCACUGUGGCCGGGACUGCUUGAAGCCCAGUGUGCUGGAGAAACACAUCCGGUCCCACACAGGUGAAAGGCCCUUCCCGUGCCCUACCUGUGGCAUCGCCUUUAAGACCCAGAGCAACCUGUAUAAACACAGGCGGACACAAACACAUCUCAACAACUCCCGCUUGUCCUUGGAGUCUGAGGGGAGUGGGAGCAGCCUUCUGGAGGAGGGAGACAGGUCCGGAGAGACUGCCUCAGUGGAUAGUCGUGGAGAUGAAGGUGCUCCAGAGAGAGCCCUUUCCCCAGGUGCCCGCCCCACCCUUGCUGCUCAGAACAGGGAAAGGAAGGUGGAAUCAGCUCCCUCUCUCGGGGCCACCCUUUCCCACAGGGAGGCCUCUGCGGAUCACACUCAGAUGGUGUCACCUGAGUUUUCACUAGCCAGCCCGCAGCCUAGGCGGAAGCUGCCAGAACCAAAGCCAUGCUUCCUGCAGCGACAGCAGGAGACCUGUUCAGAGAAGCCCUGGGACCCCAAGGCCUUGGAAGGCCAGCUGAGGAAGUGUGAGAGCACAGACUCUGGCUACCUGUCGCGCUCAGACAGCGUGGAGCAGCCCCCUGUUGCCUCUAGUCCAUUGCAUAGUCUAUCGGAGCACAGUGCAGAGUCUGAGGGGGAAGGAGGCCCUGGCUGUUCCUCUUCCGGCAACAGGGCUGAACGGGAAACCCCAGGGCCCAGCCUGGAGAUAGAGAAGAAGAAACUGGAGGAACGAAUUGCCCAGCUCAUCUCCCACAACCAGGCAGUGGUAGAUGACCCACAAUUGGACCAUGUGCGGCCCCGCAAGACUGUGCUGUCCAAGCAGGGCAGCAUCGACCUGCCCAUGCCGUAUACCUACAAGGAUUCCUUCCACUUUGACAUCCGGGCUCUGGAGCCCAGCCGCAGGAGGGCCGCCCUCAGCCCGGCCCGCUCCACCUUCACACCCCUGGAAAAGGCCAGACCUCUCUUUUUCCACUCAGUCCCCACGCAGCUCUCCACUACAGUGGAGUGUGUCCCUGUCACCAGAAGCAACUCGCUGCCUUUCGUCGAGGGUUCUAAGUUGUGGCCAGAGCCACGGGACCCACAGGAUGCUGUCCCAGGAAUGCAGAAGACCCUCAGCCCCAGGCUCACCCCAGCCCGACUGGGAUGCCGCCCAGGACUGACCUUGGCAAGCAUCUCCAGUGGUCACCCACGGGCCCUGGUAAGACAGGCUGCUGUGGAGGACCUGCUGUGUACCCCGACUGGAGACCCUUCAGCCGCUGCUGAGGAACUAGAUGGAAAGAGAGCUGUGGCAAAGGAGGGUGUGGUGUACAAGGGCAGAGCCAGUAAAAAGUGUAGCCAGAGGAAGCAAAGGGUGUUCUCUCAGGAGAAAUGGCAAGUGUACGGAAAUGAGACUUUCAAGAGAAUAUACCAGAAAAUGAAGACCAACCACCAGGGAGGACAGAAACACAGGGAGGUGAAACGGGGCCAGGGGACAGAACUGGACUUUCCUCCUCCUCCUCCUCAUCCUCCUCCUCCUCAGGAACAGGGGGGAGGAGGUGAGGAUACAGGCCUGUCUCAAGACGGAGGGAUCCCUAUCCUUGGAGACACUACAGCAGGGCGUAAGCUAGGGUCUUGGGGAAGUGGACCAUCCCUGGAAGACUCACUGGAGGCUGAGUCUCCUAAGCAACUGAAGGUGGUGGCCAGAGUCAAAUCAUCUCCUACCCUCGGCAGCACAGAUAGCCUCUGUUUGAGUGGCAAGAGCUCUUUGCUCUCUCCAAGUGGGAAAUCAGAUCUGGGAUGCCAGCCGCCUCCGGUGCCUACGCCUUGCCAAGGAGGAGACUUAGAAGCUCCCGAGACAGCUUCACCAGACUCAAGUGGUGAGGCUAUAAAAGAAACCAGCCCUGGAGCCCAAACCGCCCUCAGACGGUCCAGUGGUGGGUCUGUGGCUCUACAACUUGCAGAAGACAAGUUACCUUCAGAGAGGAAGAGACUGAAGGUGGAGGGGCUGGACCAUCAGGAGCAUCCAGGGCCUCUGGAAGCUGAGACCUCAGGAGGCUCUGUGCAGGCUGAUCCCCAACCAUCCCAGAAACAGGACAGUGACUCUGAGGAGUUGCUGGGUUGCUCAAAUAAGAGUAUCCUGCAUGUGACCACAGCCCUGGAGCCCUCAGAUGUCUCCUCAGCUGCUUCUCCUGUUGCUCUGCAAUGGCCAGGGAUAGGGGACAAGGAUUCCCCAUUGCCUUCUGUACCCAGGACUCCUGGGCUUCACUCCCCAUUGCCUGCUCAGCCCCAGGAUCCUGGUGUCCCUAAUGCUCGGUCAGGUGGCUUCUUUCCUCCCAAGUACCUCCUCAGGUUACCUCAGGGAGAGAACCCCUCACCGAUAGUUGCUGCAGGGCCUGAAAAAGGCCCAGACUCUCUGUGUACAAGUACACAGCCUGUAGAACAGGCCCUUCUGGUUGGAUCAGAACUGGGAAUGCUCCGGCCACCUGGUGCACACUCAGGCCCAGGUGAGGCAGGGGGCAGCCCCGACGACCCUAGCUGGUCCAGGUCAAGGGAUAGAAAAGAAGAGGCACAGACAGGAAGAGAGAAAAGAGAUAGGACCAACGACAACAUCCUAGUGGUUGGGCACUCUCCUGUUCCAAGUACCAGCACCACCCAGGAGAUAGCCUCCAUUCUGUCUACUCACACCUGUGACAUUCACGUGGCCCAGGAUGUAGUGAGUAAGACCCAUGCCAUCCAUUGCCUCUGCACAGACAGCCCACCAGCAAGAGCUAGGACAUAUGGAAAUCUCUUAAACCCUUGGACAUCAUCCCAGAAGUUGGGGAUACCCCCCAAGAGUGCCCUAGAAGGUCCUCCUUCAGAAACCAAGCAAGGGCUGCCUGCUUUCUUUUCCUCUCAAGCACACUAUUUCCUUACAACUUUUACAAAACCCCAGGAUAUUUCCUUGACCCAGCAGAAACCGGUCUUGUCACACGUCUUAGGAAUACCCAGGAGCUGUGAGGCCCCAAGCUCCUUCCCCUCACUUAAGACUGAACCCCAGCUCACAUGGUGUUGCUUAAGUCGAAGCCUGCCCCUGCCUGCAGAGCAGCAGAGGGCAGCUCCUGGACACUUGGCUUCAUCCUUGCCUAAUAGAAACCUCCAGGGCGACAGUAACAAAACACUACCCAAGAGCAGUGGAGGAAGGACCCAGACGAGCCGAGGAGGAGAAGGGUCUACGCAGGCACCUGAGCUUUCCUAUCCAACAGUCCCAGAGCUGAGGGCUGAGGACCAAGUGUCCCGGCCACGGUGGAAGAAAGAACUAUGGCGUAGGAAGGUGAAGACAUCUCGUGAAAACACCAAACAGAAGAAACUGAGGCUUCAUUCUAAAAGGUGUGAAGGGAGUUUCUGGCAGAGAGCCAAACGACUGUGCAAGCCACCCUGGUUGCCAAGAAGAAGCUGUCUCCCCCACCGACUUGAGGGGUUAGAGCCGCCGGGGACCCUUGGGAGGAGUUCGGCAGAAGUGGCAGGUCAAAAUAUACAAGGGGAGCCAUCUUGUGCCAGCAAAGGCUUGUCUGUGUCUCAUGGUAACAAAGAAAAGGAAGGUGACUGCAGUCAGACUUCGAGACCCAUGUCUCCUGGCAUGAGCUCAAAAACCAUGUUGGAAAUAGACAAAUCAGCUCUGAAGGAUAUUUCUUCAACCGCUGGUGAGCAUAAUGACUGUUCUCAGGAGAAGGAGCCUGCUGAUGGGUCCGGAUUAUCUCCACAAUCCAACAUGUUUUUGGCAGUGCUUCAGGAAGAUCUGCCUCAGGGCAAAGGUCUUGAUGUUGGACCUCCAGAAACUCAGCUGCCGCCUUCGCAGGAUCAAGUCUCCAUUGUUCCCAACUUGUGCUUCUCCCCAGAUGUCCCAGAGCUGCCUUCUUCCUUUAAACCCAAAGGAACAUUUCCCCACCAUGACGUUGCUACCUCUGUGGCCGCCAUCUGUGUUUCUGCGGGGAUAAGAACAGGACACAAAACCCUGGGGGCUCACAGUGCAGAAUCCUGUGCAGAGGAGACUCUGGCACGAAACUCCCCAGAUAGAAGAGGCACAUCAGACAGCAUUCCACGGGUGCUCCUGCCAGGGAGGCCUUCACCUGGUAAACAAUCACCUGGAAAAACUCUAGAAAUACCACCUUCAGGACCAAGUUCAGUCAGUUCACACCAGGAGGAAGCAAGAGCCCAGGCAGAUUUUCCUUUGUGGAGCCAAUACGGAUGUGGGGACCUGACCGUCCAGGGUGCUGCUUCAGGAAGCGAGAGUGGGACUUGUCAAGCUGAAGGAUUAAUUACCUCCAAGACUGUCACAGCUCCUUCUGACCCAGGACAACCCUCACAAGUCCCCGAGGAGGCCCCUCUGAGAUCCAUCCGAAAGAGGAGUCUGGAAGGAAUGAGGAAGCAGACACGGGUGGAGCUCAGCGAUACCAGCAGUGACGAUGAAGACAGACUGGUCAUUGAGAUCUGAUGUCAUCCCAGAGAAAGAUGGUGGCAAAUGGCCAAGGCCUAGGGCUCUUUUGGGAUAAACAUCACCAAGUGUCAUGGCACAUAACUUUAUUUAUGAAACAUCUAUAGACUAGGAAAGCCAUCUAUAAUUUCUUCAAGCCAACUCUAACCAACACCGUGCCCAGAUCCAGCCAUAGCUUUCUUUAGCUUCUCUUAGACAGACCUUGGACUCUUCUACCCUGCCCACUACACCCUACCUCUCCCCUGCCCUGCCCACCAAACCUCCCCACUCCCUGGGGCCUUCUACAUUCAUCUGGAAGAGUCAAAAUAGUCAGGAAGGGCCAUUGCAAGAGACUCCGAGUACACAGCUCCAACUUGAUGCUGUCAUCCCCUUUGCCUUGCCCAGUAAGAUGACACUAAUCAGAAGAGCCAUAUGGGACUUUGUUCCUGACCAUUGAGACCCCAUUGGGUCAACACAUCUGACAUCACUGCCACUAAGUUAAGAGUGGCAAACACACCUGGGGUCAUUGGGGUAGCUUGAGAAAGAAGCAUGGGGUUUGAACUGGGCACCAAGAUGGCUCCAUGUGGUUUGGAGACUAAAUCCAGAUGCAUUCAAAAACUGGUCAGGGCCAGCCAGCUUCCUAAUGAAUACUGUAAAUAUACAUCACAACGCCUAAGGCCAUUUAAUACGUUGCACAAAUACUUGUUUUUGGUCCAGUAACACAAGCAUGUGUGUCCCUUGUACUUGGUACCUUUUCUGUGAGAAUAUACCCGCCUUCCUGCCGCCCCAAAGCCUUGGGAUUUUUUUUUUUCUUUUCUUUUCUAUUUUUUAGGUCUUGCAAAGGAACAUUGCAUUAAGUUAGUAAAAUAGUCACUGUAAUGAGUCAUUUUUAUUUUUGAGGGGAAAAUUAACUCAUUUUCCUCUGAUUCUUUUUGUCAUAUUGGGCUGUGAGCGAUUUCAGCUAGAGGGCUACAUUGUAGUAAUCUGUGCGACCUGAGCUGAUGAUGCCUGCGCCUUGUGAUGGAGCCGUUCCGACUUCCUUCAGAAGCUUCUAGGGCAGAAAACUAAUUGGAGUUUUGACACUGUUUUACAUCUUGGUAAUUUUAUUUUGCGGGCUUAGUGUUACUUUGCUGUCAGAUUAAAUCAGCCUUUGUAUUGUGAAUCUCAGAACAGCACAGAUCAAAUCCCCCAGCAUUCCAAGCCAGUGGGCGGAGGCAAGGUCUGUGUCUACCAGCCCACUAUGCAGGCCUCAGGUUCCCAGCCGUCCUCUCCUUACCCUUAAAUGGGAGGGGGAAACUUCCAGAAGUUUACACUGCUCAGUCCUUUACGAUUUUCUACUUGCCGUGGCGACUUUGUACACUUUAUGAUUUCUAGCCGAACUGCUGGCGUAGCGCUGUGGUAGUGAUGUUCACGUGACAUCUCGUGCUCCCUGCUCCCAGGCAAGGCAGCCAGGAGAAGCACCUGCCUCACGCGUGCGCAAACAUACUUUCAAAAGUCCUUAUCUGUGAAGAAGUAUGGUCCAAUUUCAAAUAUUUUUCACGUGACCAUUCCUGUUUUGCUGCUAUUUACAGAGGACUUCAAUGCAAGAAAGAGCAGCCUCUCGUUAUUUAGCGUAUGUCUGUGGUCAUCACACGUGUUCAGAAAUAUCUCACGGAUCAAAUCCCAGCCGACAAGCACAGAGGAACAGGAAAGUGCUAACCACCACCUCUCUAUGCUUCUUUAAAAAAAAAAAAAUACUUAAAUUUUUUUUUAACAGUCCAGUCGUUAUCCCCCUCUGGUCUGCCCUUAGACAGUUCCUCAUCCCAUUCUUCCUGCUAGCUCCAAGAGGAUGUCUCCACUUCCCAGACCCUACCCUCUACCCCCCCCCCGCCCCCACUCAGGUCUCCUCACUCCCUGGGGCCUCAAGUCUUUCAAGGUUUAGGCGAGUCUUCUCUCACUGAGACCAGACUAGGUAGUCCUCUGGUAUCUAUGUGUCUGGAGGGGGUGGGGGUCAGACCAAGAAGGAGAGUGAUGGACGUGUGAUUGGCUGCCCUUUGGAUGACCUGUACCUGAGGAAGGCAAUAGAGGAAGCGGGCCCCGUUGACCCUGUCUUUGGCUGGGAGAGCUUGGUCCCUGUGCGUAGACAUGAAUGAAGCUGAGACCUGGACAGAGGAGCUGAGUGCCUCUGAGGGGCUGGAUCCUGGUGGGAGUGGUUGAUAGAGAACCAUGGUCUCCUUUACACCUGUGCCUUCGUAGCUUAGAAGUGUCCCCCACAGAAAACAUUGCUCCUGAGUUGUCAUGGAAGAUGCUGAAGAACACGCUGGGGAGCUGAUGUACAAAUAUUGUUAGGAUACUCCUGCCAUGCAGUAUGUGAGCUGAGGAAAGGGUCGUCUUAUGCACCUCCCUGGAAUCCCUGAUUUGGGGGUGUAGUCACCCACCUUAUACAUCAAAACUAAUAUAACAAAAAGGCAUAACACUGAGUGGAAGAAAUCAUGUAUGUAGGUGAAGCUGGCUCCUCUGUCUCAGGAGGUAUAGGGCAGCAAGGCAGGACUACUGUCUAGAUCAGUGGUUCUCAGCCCUGUGGGUCAUGAUCCUGGUGGGAGUCAAAUGAUCCCUUCAAAGGGGUCGCCUAAGACUGUUGGAAGACACAGGUAUUUGCGGUAUGAUUCAUAACCACAUCAGAGUUAUAGUAAUGAGGUAGCAAUGAAAAUAAUUUUAUGGUCAGAGGUCAUCACAACACAAGAAACCAUAUUAAAGGGUUGCAGCAUUAGGGAGGUUGAAAACCAUUAUCCUAGAUCCUUAGUUCCAGGGGACAAUGAAGUCCAAGAGGAUCACCAGGCCCAUGUCACAAUCAUAGCUCCAAAAAGCAUGCUGGAGGCUUCUUCUGAGCCUCCAUAGCUAGCUGCUGCCCCCAAGGCUGGAUCUGAUAUAGCAGAAUAUCAAGCGAUUCAAUCUCGGUAACCCCCCGCUCUGUCUCUUACAGAGCUAGAGAACUUGCCAGACCCACUGGUUCACCCGAUCACUUAGUGCCAGUCUUCCCAGGGUGUGUGUGGGGGGGUCAUUUAAUUUAAAUCAACAUGGAUUUAUAAACCCUGUAUUUCCGUAGACUUUUUGAAAAAGGAAACGAUUAUUUUAAAUGACCUUGGGAGGAGCUAGCUACUGAAAAAUAUCCUAAAAGUUAUAUAUAUAUAUACAUAUAUAUAUGUAUAUAUAUAUACACACACACACGGUUUGGUUUAGUUUGGUUUUAACGGGGGGUCCUUUUGAUAAUGCACCAAAUAGUCACUGAUUUUUAUAAAUCUAAUUUUCUUAAGGCAAAAUACAAUUAUAAGAAAAUUGUAAGAAAACUUUUACCCAUAAACCCCCAAACUCAGGUUGGGUUAUUAAAAUAAAAUUCUAGUACCUACCAGUCUUUUUGUUGCUGCAGUUUGAUAAUACUACAAGUGUAUCUCACACGAUGGAUCAGAAAAUACAUGUCUAUUUUUUGGUGCUGGGGAUGUGGCUCAGUGAUCUAGUGCUUGGCUGUCAUGCAUGACGCUCGGGAUUCAGUUCCCAACACCACACGUAAGAAGCAUGUUAGGACAAGGCCAGCCCACUGCUCGCCAGUGCUGUUAUUCUUAUGCAUCUUCACGCAGGAGUCUUGAGUCAUCAGUGCCUCCACUUCCCCCACGGAGAUGAGCUGCAGGGCUGCCAGCAUGGACUGAGAGAAAGAGGACCUGGGAUUCUUUGCCACGCAAGUGCCGCUGCUCAUGGUGUCUGAUACUGGCCACUGGACAGUCCUCCUGAACUGCUGUGCCUGGCCGCUUUUUGAGAUGCAUAUAGGAAUAGGUCUCAGCUCUCUACUUGGCCAACUCUUAAAGCUUUGUGAGUUUUGGUGGCCGGCCCGGCCCUCCUUGCUGUGAGGUGCCACCGUGGGAACUGCUUUCCCCUCCCUUAGGACUAAGCUUGGCAUCUCAGAGGAAGCUAAGUCCCAAGAUCAAUGGUGCACAGCUCUUAACUUGUGGUUUAUUUGCAGGGUGGUGGAAGGGGAGAGAUGUAGAAGAGGGAGAGAAAGAGAGAUGGGGGAGAGACAGGUGGGGGGAGCGAAAGAAAAAGACUGAAAAGGGGAGGAGUAAGGGAGGGGAUGGAGGGGGAGAGGGAGGAGAGAUAAACAGACGGACCUUCUGGAUUCUAAUGAAAGCAUAUCUGACAACGUGGGGAGUGACUUAGGACUGACUGGAACUUCCCUUUCCGAAAUAUUGCCUUCUGAAGCUGGGAUCUGAAGUCUUAGUCUUGCACCAGUGGGGUGUGACCACUGCCCUCACCAUGAAAGAUAAAGGACUCUCAGCCUCACGGCAAACUCUUUCCUGGCGUUCACAUCCAUUACUUAGAGUGAACGCAUUAUUCAUUUCUCCCUUAGCACAGAAAUUUGCAUUUUGCACAAAAUUUACCUUGUGCAGCAGAUUCUUACAGUUAUGGGAUGUGGGGCUGCUCAACUUCCUGGCUGAGGGAGGAAGUGACCCAUCUGGCUCGUGACUAUCAGAUUCCUACAACUGUAACAAGGAGUCUUACUCCAGUUAGCCCCCAGUUCAAGAAGCAUUGGCUUUUGAAACACUGUAUUUCCCCAUCUCUUUCAAAACUCUUUACACACAGGGGUCAGGAUGUAGAACAGUGUUGAGUGCUAAAAUUUCAACCCUUGUGUGCGUCUUCUCCACACUUUGCAUUCAUGUGGCAAAUGCACAAUUUGGUCUGAAGGGACAUGCGAACAUGUGAGCAUACGGAGUCACCGUGGGGAGAAGAGGAGCCAGGAAGAAGUCAGAUCUGGCUGCUGGGAGCACGGGAAAGUGGCUUGCUUGUUUCUGUGCACAGACAAUUCCUUGCUUAUGGUGGGGAAACAUGUGGCUUCUUGGUUGGUGAAUAUCCCCCCACUUCUUUCUAUGGUUAAAUUAUUUUGUUUUGAUAAAAAUAAAACUUAAAAAUGAAAA